AUGAUCGACUCCGGCAAAGAAUCCCUCCACCCAGCAAUCCCCAACAAUGCAUUGGAGAGCCCAGCUCCUACAUCCAAGAGGAGAAAGUUGCCUGUUACUCUCCUCUCUGGAUUCUUAGGAAGCGGCAAAACUACCCUCCUCGAACACAUCCUCCUCUCGCCUGACCAUGGCCUCCGCAUCGCAGUCAUAGUGAAUGACAUGAGCAGUCUCAACAUCGACGCAACUCUAAUCAAACACCACCACACCGUCUCGCACACAAAAGAAUCCCUUAUCCAGCUGCAAAACGGCUGUAUAUGCUGCACUCUCCGCGGGGAUUUACUCGCCGAGCUAGCACGACUCGCAUCGCAAGAUGGAGUCGAGUACGUCGUGAUCGAAAGCACGGGGAUUAGUGAGCCGAUGCAGGUGGCUGAGACGUUCACCGCGGAGUUCGGGGCCGCGAUGUUGGAGGCGGAUGGGGAUGGGAGUGGAGCUGAACAGCAGGUGUUGAGUGUGGAGGAGAGGAGGGUUAUUGAGGAUAUUGUCAAACAAGGCGGCCUACACACCCUCACCAGCCUCGACACAACCGUAACCGUCAUCGACGCAUUCAAUCUCUACUCGAAUCUCGAUACCGCAGAGUUCCUCUCAGAUAGAUAUACCUCUGGGGAAGUCAUCCCGGAAGAUGAGAGAACCAUCUCCGAUCUAAUGGUCGAUCAGAUUGAGUUUGCGGAUGUGAUUAUCAUCAAUAAGAUUGAUCUUGUUGAUAAGGUUGCCAAGGACAAAAUCCACACGUUGAUUAAAUUACUUAACCCCGCUGCGAAGGUCUUGGAGGCGAAGUACUCCAAGAUUGAUGUGCGGGAGAUUCUGGACACGGGGAGGUUUGAUUUCGUUAAGGCGGCGAGUGGUGCCGGUUGGUUGAGGAGUCUGCAUGAGAUGAGUCGGUUGAGUACGGGGAAUGGGGAGAGGGUGGCGCCGAAGCCGGAGACGCUUGAGUAUGGCAUUAAUAACUUUGUGUAUACGGCUAGACGGCCGUUUCAUCCACGCAGGCUGUUCAAGUUGCUGCAUGAUAAGUUUAUUAUUUUGCAGAAUGCGGCUGGUGAGGAUGGUGAUGACGACGACGAGGAAGAAGAGGGAGAAGAUGACGUUGAUGAUGAAGAGAUGAAAGAUGACGAUGAAGACAACACCGAAGACGAGGAAGAAGACGACGAUGAAGACAUCACCUCCAUCCCACCCGAAACCAUCCUGUCCAACAAACGCUCCGAUCCCAUCCUCGCCCCCAUCCUCCGCUCCAAAGGCUUCUUCUGGCUCGCCACCCGCCCAUACCAAUUCGGCGAAUGGAGUCAAGCCGGCGCCAUGCUGACAUUAGGCUGUGGUGGCGGGUGGUUCGCCGAACUACCUGACGAAGCAUGGCCGGAGGAUGCGGACGUGCGCAAGUCCAUUGAAGAUGACUUCAAGGGCGAAUGGGGCGAUCGACGUCAGGAGAUUGUGUUUAUUGGUGAGGGUAUUGAUACAACGGCGAUUAAAAAGCUGCUUGAUGAGUGUCUGUUGGACAAAAAGGAGAUGAAGAAGUGGGAGAAAGUGAUGCGGACAAAGGGUGUUAAGAGGGCGGAGAAGCAGGAGAUCAUGGCGGGGAUUUGGGAGGAUGGAUGGGAGGAUUGGCCGGAUUUGGAGGAUGAUGAUAUCAAAGAUGAGGAGGAGGAGGUAAAGGGGGAGAAGAGUGGGAAGAGGAAGGCGAGUGAGCUGUUGAAUGGUCAUGGACAUGGCCAUGCUCAUGGGCAUUCUCAUGCACAUGGACCGGGGCAUAAGAGUCGACCAGUGGUCAAGAAGUGA